CCCAAAGGCGCAGCGACCGUCCAGCGCGCAACGCAGGCGGCUGCGGCGGCACCAGCGGCAGCACCUCCUGCUCCACCUCCUCCUCGUCUUCCUCGCCAGACAACACACGGGUGAACAAAGGAUACGUCUCCGCAUCCUCCCCGGCUCUUGCACCGGCUCCCCCCUCUCCGCCGCUCCAGCCCGCCAUGUCCUCUGCUGUCACUGAGACGGAGGAGUCUGCGCGCAGUUCCCCGCUGACGCCGCUCAAGCUGGUCGGGCUGGUGUGCGUCUUCCUGGCGCUGUGCCUAGAUGUAGGAGCCGUGAUGAGCCCCGCGUGGGUGACGGCGGACGACCAGUAUUACCUGUCCCUGUGGGAGUCCUGCUGGAAGCCGGCGAGCACUGAAAGCUGGCAGUGCAGCAGCACGCUGGGCUCAGAUUGGCAGGUUGCUACACUCGCCCUGUUGCUGGGGGGUGGGGCUCUGGUGUUGAUGUCAUUCCUGGUUGCUCUGGUUGCAGUGUGUAUCGGCACAAGACGGCGAUUUUACGCACCCGUCGCCUUCAUGCUGUUUGCUGCAGUUGUCCUCCAGGCCUGCAGCUUGGUCCUCUACCCCAUCAAGUUCAUCGAGAGCAUCAACCUGAGGAUCUAUCAUGAGUUCAACUGGGGCUAUGGCCUGGCCUGGGGAGGAACCAUUUUCUCCUUCGGUGGGGGGAUCCUCUACUGCCUCAACCCCAAGAACUACGAGGAGUACUACUAAUUCAGGACGAUAAGACAAACACUGGAAGAGGUAUUCACUGAGCGAGUAGGGUGUUUAGGGGUGUUUGUCUUCUAGUGGCUCUAUUCCCUAAGAACUGUGAGGAUCUGACACUAGAUUCGAGCCAAUAAGUAUCUCAACGGGCUUUGUCCCUGGUGAGUAUCCAGGGGUACAGUCUGACAGUUUCCUUUCCUGCCUCAGUCACAGAAGUGUGAACACUGUGACUUGUACAACUGACUCAGUAUUGAACUUAAAGCCCUAACGCCACCAAGUCCAUACAGGGGGAGGGGUGGGGGGUGUAAGGUGGGAGAGGUGUCACACACACCUGUGCAGUAAAAACAGAGGGUUUUGGUGACGCGGCUGCCUCUGUUCCUCCUGCAAGAGCUACUGGUAAAAUGUCACAAACGUCUGAGACUGGAUGUGGAACUGGAAGGCUUCUAAUGCAUGUUUUAACACGCAUGCACAUGCCAACGUAUGUGUACACCCUGGAAACGUCAGACCGGACACACACAGACAUCUUCAAAACUCUAAUCCCCACUCUGGUCCUCCUUAAGUGUGAAGUGCAUCAUCAUCAUUGUUGCUUUUCAGAGUCCUUCAGAGCUCUUAAACUUUCACAAGGACACGGAUGAGGAUCAGACGCUACAGCGGCUCUUCAUAACUUUCUGUAAGACAGAUAGAUUCCUCCUGAGGGGAGGUAAAAGGGGAGGGGGGUAAAAAUAAAGACACCCGCUCAAUAUUCUGUUAUCGACCCACUUGUCUGUUACCUCGGCAACCCACAGGGUGUGCACAUGCGGCUGUCAUGAUUGAUUAGUCAUGGUUGGAGGUGUGAGACGAGACUGCGCUCAGCUGUCUCCCUGGGUCUGCUAAAUUUCGAUUCCCUAUCGAGCCGAGUUUGUCCAAAAACCGUGACGUUUGGAGCAUCCUUCAUUUUCUCAUCCGGAUCUUCUGCAUCCCAGUUUUGGGUGGGAGUGGCACUUACUUACACAGCAUUUGGUGUUACAGUCAGCCUGUAUAAUAUUGGACUUGUUUACAUGCAAACCUGUAGUUAAAGCAAGUUUAGAUCACUGUUAGGACGCCCUCAGCUCCACCACAUGAAGCACUGAAGCCAUGUCAGAGGUGCACAAACUUUUUUUUUCUAACACUUGAUUUUGACAGUACAUUUUUGAUUUAGUUUUAGUUUCUUUUGACUGAAAUCCAAGUUGGUUUGAAUCAUAUUUAAAUCAUGUGAUUUGCUUUACUUUUUGUCAGCUGAUGCCCUGUCCACGAACAUGGAUAUUUGUCUAAACAUGUAUUUUCCCCCAUCGUUUUAUUGUUAAAAAAACAUACAAAUUUGUCCACAAAUGUUCAAACACACAAUUGUUUGAGGCAGACUUAAACUGUGGAUGCUUUGGACUUCAGAUAACUUUAGAUACAGUUAAAGAGCAAAGACAAGUUAAGUUCACUCGAAAGCGCCGGUUCAGGUUUGGAAGAGCAGUUGUUAUAUUAUACAGUUUUUGCUUCAGCUUGUGUCCCAAAUGUGUCCCUGUGGAACAUGAUCUACUGCACUGACUCAUGCACCUGUACAACCUAUAUUUGAUGCUUCAAGUGCGCUUUUAAAACACAAAGCAACAAUAUGCAUGAAUAAAUAGAGAUGUCUUCUAAUGUCUUUCUUUCCCACAUGGAUACACAGUUGUUUAAUGUCUUCACUGUGGAAGGCAUUUUAAUAAAUAAAACAUAACAACACAACAGCACAAGAGGCCUAAACACUGAGAAACAUUUCAGUUGUGCAAAAUAUCUGUGUUACUGUGGACAGGGCAUACCUUAUCUUCAGCAGAUUAAUCAGUUCUAGCAGGUUUAGAUAACAUGUUUCUCUAAAAUUACCAUUUUUUCUGCUUUUAUUGUUUUUAUAUUACUUAUUUAUAUACUAUUUCCAAACUCGAUCCUGGAGGAAUUGUCAGUUAACCUGUAUUUUCAAUGUUCUGCCAUCUAACUUCACUACCAAGUGAGAAAAAAAACCUUUACUCUUACUCUUCUGGAAUAUAAAUGAGUUGUUUUUUGACACACAAGAAUAAUGUAGCUUGUGUAGUGUGUGUGGUUUCAGAGUUGACAUUUUUCAUCUGUGUGGUGUUUAAAGGGUUUAAGAUCUCCCUAGCAACUGGAAUGCAUGUACAUGUUCAUAAAAAGCAAAUAAUAAUUUUUAAAACUCAUCUUAACAGGAUUAGUGUCGAGGAUGUAAUCAGAUGAUCUUUGAUCUCUCAGUAUGAGUAAUAUCUGUGCUACAGUGGACAUGUAAACACAGCCAAUGAAGCUGACUAUUUAUACAAGGGAUCAGUGUGUCUGCUGAUAAGUUCAGGCCACGUUUCAUUAACACCUAACUGCUGUCUCCUUGUCUACAGUAAAUGUCAUGGAUCAGCCCUGCACCCACUGUGGAUAGACAUUCAGUAGGGAAAAAAAUCCUGGCGUUCACCUCUUGGCACAGGAAAAGCACACGUCCCUGUCAGGUCAAGUAUUAAUGGAUGCUCGGACACAAACAGUCAAAGAGAAGGAUUGUAUCUCACAGAAAAGCAUCACCUUACAGAUGUCCCAUGUGGAUCUAAACAGUAUUUAUCUCACAUCUAGUGUUUACCCUGCCCUCAGGGUUUGGCUCUGAUCAUCGGCUGUUUGGGAGGUGGCCAAGGAUCCCAAGCAUUUCAUAAGUGUAAGGACAGAUGCAGGAAAAACAACAAAUAUUCUUCUCCGUCAUUGGAUUCUAAAUUGUAAACCCCAUCAUCUCCACAGUCCACACAAACACACUUUAUUUUAACGAGUCUCAGUGUAAAAUAGGAACUCUCUGGAAAUAUGAAUGGUAGGUCUUGUCUGUGCACUUUCACAUAUUUACUUUGGUUCCGUCAAACAACCAUCACCCAAAAAUAGGAUCCAGGCUGCCUCCCUCGCCACCUUAACAAAUUCAGAGCCAUGCAGCUGCCACCAGCUGAUAGAUGUCUAUUUAUUUUAUAUAAACUGAGACACGUCCAGUGAUGUUUACCUCAGACAGCACCAUUUCCUCUGUUGCUCAUGAGGAAAGGUUGUGUUUGACGUAUCAUGUUGUACACUGCUUUUGAAAUCAGUUAAUUCAAGUUGUAAUGAUGGGGACAUGGUGCAAAGAAUAAGAAGAGGAAUAAACUUGUAGCAGGAUAUGGGCGAGAGAAAAGCCACUUAAUCUCACUUCACCUGCCUCUUCAGGCAAACUUAAACCUCAUGUUGUAAAUUCACAGUGUAUAUUCUACUCAGAAGUAUCAGACUAAUGGAUGUUUUUCAGAGGAAUGGGCAUCACAGGGGGAAAAUGUACAUUUGAAUGCUUCUAUUUUGGUUUUACUGGUGAAUGUUUUCCUUACAAUGACUACCUUUUCCUUUCUGCACUGCAUUGGCAGCGCUCGGCGUUACAGUCAUUAUUCCAUUAGUCAUACCACCUAUAUGGGUCAGUGGGUGCGUCGUAGCAUGUGACCCUCAUCCAAAGUGUUUUUUCAGUUUGAGAGAUGUCACAGCUUGAAACUCCGUGUAAUCAGAACGGAUACCAGAGUUUUUUUUACUGUAAAGAAAAGACAAAGUACUUAGAGUCAUCUGAUUACUGUGUUGUUUCUCCAUGUGCAAGAACAUCAUAGAGACCCGGACAUAGUGGAGGAGCUCUAGAAACCAUCCCCACCAGUAUGAUAUUUGAUAUGACCGCUACUGUAUUUAAUACUGUACGAUCACAGCUUAGUGAGGGUGUUUUUGCUACCUAGAAAUGUCUGUGCAUUUGUGGAGUAGAGGAGCCUUAGGCACUAACACUGUAACAGACCUGGAUUAAAACACACAUCUCAGCAUUUACAGUAUCUCAGUAAUACUGUGGUAGUAAAGACCAACUUAACCAAGACUGAGUGCUUAGAGACCAAGACAAACCCCACAACCAGUGCAAGACCAGACUGAGUUAAAACCAAGACCGAACUAGAAACGCAGUGAAGGGCAAUCCAGCUCUUAAAAUAUUACAGAUUGAUGUUUUAUCAAAGAUGAGGCUAUUCUUGUUGCCAGUGAGUAGCAGAAUGAGUCAGCCUGUGGGAAGAAAAUAAAUCAGAAAAAGGCCCUGAAAUUCAGUGAUGUCUGAUGGUAUCGGAAACACUUUUCAGUGGUUUGUUGGGGGGAAAAAACAACCAAUUAAUCAAAUUAAUGUCAAAUUAUUGAUAUACUCUCUUAAAAUCUUGACUUAGCAACAAAUUCUAACAAAUAUUUGAAUUAGCAUGAGUGGAAAAUGACUGAAUGAGAUACUUUCUUAAUAAUGAUAAUCUUAAUAUUAUGAGAAACAUUCUGUAAAUAAUGAUAGUAUCUCAAAUAUAUCUAUAGUACCUCAAAAUAUUGGCUUAAAGGUUCAGUGUGUGAAGUUGCAGGUUAUUUUGUCCAUUCAGUGCUUUUUAGUGAAGGAAAUAUCAACUCUAGUCCACGCUUAAACAUUGUCAGUGUUGAUAAUGUACACUGUCGGGGAAAAAAAAAAGGGUCGCACACAAAAUAUCUUGUUGGACUGCCUUUAGCUUUGUUUACUGGAUGUAUUGACUAUGGUAUCCUUCAUGUUAUGAUGCUUAUGGAGCGUCACAGUGUCCAGACUUGAAUUAAUAUUUGGCCCAGUUCUUGUAUUGAUGAUGUAGAGUCGGACCAAUGUGUAAAGUCUUGUCCAUCACAUUCCAAAGAUUACCAGUGGGGCUGAGGUCUGGACUCUGUGGUGACCAAUCACUAUCUGAAUCUGUUGAAUCCUGGUAUUGUCAUCUUGGAAGAUGUUUGCAUCAUCAGGGAGGAAAAUAUCCACUUAUAUUCAAUGCUAGUCAUUCAGUUUAUUCAGGUUCAGCUGACCUCAUUUUAUAGACACAUAACAUUGUAACCCAAACCUGACUAACUGAAGCAACCCCAGACCAUACACUGCCCCCACAGGCUUGUACUGUAGGCACUAGGCAUGAUGGUUAAUCACUUCAUCUACACCUCUUCUCACUCUGGAACAGGGUCAGUCUGGACUCAUCAGAUCACAUGACCUUUUUCCAUUGAAACCUAGUCCAAUCUUUCCACAAACUGGUGAUCGUUUAAGAAAUGAGAAGGAUCAGUUACGGUUAAAGUACUUGAAACUCAAACUAUUAAUCACAGCAUUAAUUAUCUCAAGUAUGGAUAUUUGCUCAGUUAAAUCCAGGUCACUUGUUUUGGGCCCUUAAUGCUGGGUGACACCUGAUAAAAAAACACAAAAUGAAGAAUUCUAUGAACAGUGACCCCACUUCCUCUGUAGAUACCAAUGACUCAUGUGAAGAUAACCCAGAAACCCAACAUUAUGAAUAUUAUAUUCCAUUUGUGCAAUGAGAUUCCCCACAAUUUUACAUACUGAACCUUUAAUAUCACCAACUCAGUAUCUUCUUCUUUUUUUUUUAAACAUGUCUUUAUUGUGAUUUUCCACCAAUUUGGUUAGACUGUACAUACGUGUAAAAAUUUUUACAAAAUGACAACAAAAAAAAACCCCAAAACAAAACACAACCCCACAAGAAAAAUCAAAUUCAAAAGUAAUAAUUAAAAAAGGAUAAUACAAUACACAUAGAUAAAUAAAUACAUUUUUUAAAAAUCAUGGCAGGACCAAGAUUGAAUUAUAAAAAACAGAUUAAACUCACAUUACAACUCCUCAAUAUCUUAAAAAUAUUGUUGAAAAGUAAUACGAUUUUGUAAAGAUAUUAAGCCAAAAUAUUUAAGCUGUUUUGUUCUUCAUCUUUUCCUUAAUCUUCAUUUACCUGUCAGACGUAUAAACACUCUCUAGGCAGAUAAAUCUCCUGCUACAUAACUCCAGAUCAGAGUGUACUAUAACAUUAUGCAGCUGCUGUUAUUAGUACAUGUUUUAUCCCAGAUUAAAAGUGACAACGCUGCUUUUUCAAGUAUGUAAAAAUAUAUCGAGCAAAGCAUCGUAAUGUGAUCUCAAGCCAAUGCACAAGAUGAACGCGCUUUAACAGGAAGCGGCAGAUGUUCCAGUUGAAGCUGCUGCAUGUUUAGAUUUUUUAAUUGGGAGCUGAAAUCAACGUCACGUCAGUCGUAAUUACAAGCCUCAGACUCUAAAUGACAAUGCAAAUAUGUUUGCACCAGUUUCAGAAAAUGACCUACAUGCUUUGAUUUUUAAUGAAGCUCUUCAGUGCGUCUCUGGUAAAUAAGAUUACUUUUGUUAUGUCUUUGCACUAAACCCCCUCUGGUGUCAUCUGCUAAGAAAACGACCCUUUAUUUGCAGCCUCAGGGUUUGUGACCCCUGUAUGUUUUAGCCCAGGUCUGAGUCGUAGUUAUUAGCAUUUGUUUGGUUAUUAAUUUUACUGAUGAGAAGUAGAGGCUUGCAAACAGAGACAGCUCUGUUUUAUGCAUCAUCUCCCAGUAGGCUGGAGAGAAACUGUCUAAUGAUGUGCAUAGGGAUUUAGAAAGUGUGUGUGUACGUGUGUGUGAAUGACAGAGGAAGACUGUUAAAUGCAUCUGACAGAGGGAGGGUGUGUAUGUGUGUGCAUGUGUGUUGGCAUGUUUUAGAUGCCAUUGUAGAGAUGUCAGUAAUCAGCAUUUAUCUCUUUGUACGUUGGCACAUUAAAGCACUAAACAGAA